ACACAACCGUAGCUAGCUGUACAUAUGUGUUUUCUAAGAUGGUUCCAUGAGCUAAACUGCUGAAGCCCCGAACAUAUUUUUUUUCUUGGACUGUGGUUCUGAGAAUUUAAUGAAGUUUGAGAGGUAGCGAUAAUGUGUGUCAUWGUUAGUAAAUAUUAAUAACAGCUGGUUAAAAAGAAGUAAGUAGCGGCGACGUUUAGCAUUAGCUUGCAAGCAAAGAAUGACAAAGCGACUAGCUUGUUAGCCAUUAGCCAUAUUUCAAAACUUUAUUUUGWAUUUUAGCUCUGUCUAAACGUGUAUAUGUCGUUUGUGACAGUACUUUUGCAAUUUGUUUGUGUUUCCGAAAUGAUUUACAGUGAGCCGUUAUUUGUUCGGUUAGUUAACUAGUUGAGUAAAGUUAGCUAGGCCAUCAGCUGAUGAGCUAGAGUCGUUAACAUAAAACGUCCGAGUCACUCUCCGCCGACAGAACAAAAAUACAACACAGGUUUCUCCAGUCUGAAGAAGUGAAAUCAUAUGUUGACUGAAAAGAGGAAACGACAGCACAGUGGUGGUGAGGAGGAGACAGGCCACCUGAGAGACCAAGCCAAAAGGCAUAACCGAGCUCCUCAUCCUCUCUCUCCGAAGCCAGGCCGGGAUGCGUGGGACUCUGAGUCCUCCAACAGUGAGAGCAGCWGCAGCAUCAGCAGUCCAGAACAUGCAGCUGGGAGCCAGUAUGCUGUGGGGCCCUGCAGUCCUCUCAGCUCCAGCAACUCCUCAGAGUUGGCGGGUCCAACAAACCCGGUGUCAUACUCGCACAUCAACCGCAUCCUCAAGGAGGCCCACUUYCAGAGUCUGCAAAGCCGAGGUCAGCUCAGAGACACAAGAUGAAAUAAUGUUCCUUCGUCAGCCACCAAAGGACUAAUGCCCUGAAGUUUGCCACCUGAUUACACACUCAUUUAUUCCAGCGCUCCAGCACCCAUCUCCUGGUACUUUACAYCUCACGGUUGGUUYUGCAGACCUGCGGAUGGAGGCCGGYAACUGGUUGGGUAUCUGAGAGCAGCUCGUCUUUUUGAAAUAAAUCUGUGAUUUUCAAAUAAGCAAUAAUAUCUGAUCAACCUUAAAAAUAUCCUGCAACCUGCUUUUUCUGACCAGUCUGAUUUCCUUCUUGCUCUGAGAGCCUURUUGUGUCUGAUUGUCUUAAACGUUUGAAAAGAAAAGAGCUUCUGAAGUGGCAUCAAACCCAGUUUGAGGCCAGUUUGUGUGAUUUCUUUAGACUUGCAGUGAGGUUCUUGGCCUACAUAAUGCUGAAUCAGAUGUUUUUAGGUAACAUGGACAGUCUCAGGGAGGAUAGUCAUUUGUUUUGGAAUGCACAUUUGCUGUCAUUUGGGCAGAAACUCCUUCAUAAGAGGCUGUAGAACCAGUAGGUAUACAAUUGGCUAAUGAUAGGUUAUGUUUUCCAUUACUUAGGUAAAAUAUAAAUGCUGUCAAAUUGUAGUUAAAUGUAAAGAAGUAAGGCAUUAGAGACAGUAAAGGAUUUCACGUUACUCCAAAACACUUGUAAAACAAUUUUAGAACUCGUUUGCAGUUUUACGUUCACAAUUACUCUGAAUAGGAUUUUCAUUAAAUCUACUUGUUCUGUGUUUACUGUUAUUUACAAAAGGUGCAUUUAGAUUCACAUUUAGUUUCAAGAGGCGAUAAAAAACAGUGUAAACACUUCAGUAGAUUUUACUUGUUGCUUUCUUGUUUUAUUUUUCAUUCACUUUUGGUUUCUGAUCUCAACCAAUUGUAAAAAUGACUUAUGACAUUUUGACUAUUCACCCUGUUUCUCCUCAUAUAAUUAUUACAGUUCAAAUUCCCCCCAAAUAAUUUCAUUAUUUGAAACCACUGGAAUUGGAUUAUAUAAAAAAAGAAAGAUUUACUUUUGACAGUUAUCAUUUKUGUCCUUGAUAAUUAUUAUGUAUUGUCUUUUUUAAGUGUAACAACACAGGCUUGUUGAUGUUACAGUUGAUGAUGGAACAAAAACUUUUUUUCACAAGUUAAAAGUGAGGAUUUUUUUAACCCAAAUUUGACUUCCUUUACUUUUCUCAUGUUAAGAAAUCAAAAAUCUAACGAAAAUCAACAUCUUUAAASGUUGAGGUUGGAAGAAAAUGGUCCUGCACAAUAUGGUCCUUGACAAUAUUUACACAUGCUUUCAUUAAAUAAAACAAGCAACACGUUACGUUCUGUUUUAUUUACUUUAAAGAAGUGAGGAGUAGGGAGACAAAAUUAUGUUGUUGUUUUUUUGAUACUGAGACUGGACGAGCAGCUCUCGGCAAAAUGCCAACUUCAAAAGUAGCCCUUGGUUCAAAAAAGUUUGGGCACCCCUGCUUUAAAACAUUUUCAGACAUUCUGUAAAUGAGGUUUUCUUCUGUGUUUCAGUUGAGUGUUACCAUGGAUGGAACUUUUUUCAUUGAAUUCUGCCUUCAAGUAUGAAAAGACAUGCAUAUCAACAUUUGUAGAACUGCCAGUAACAAUAUCCUCUGCCAUCUAAAGCGAUCUGUGAUCGACCAGGGUCUCAUGUAGUAGACUAGAUGUAGUAAAGAAAUGGAAAUAAAGCAAAAGAAAAGUUUUUUUUUUUUGUCUAGUACUCCACUUUCCCUUCUACAAAUCCCCCCAUUUAAUGUUUUUCUCAGUUUUGGAUAGGGGACAGCUGCAGUUUUGWUGCUUAAGAAGCGGUGACAGUCUUGUCACUAAAAUGUAGUUUUACCUGCUGACAUGACUUAUCUGAGCACACAGAUCAUGUAUCAUGUAAGGCUGCACAUCAGCUUCUAUAAAGCAGAAUUGAUUUCUUUGCCUAGCCUCUUUCGAAGAAGAGUUUAUUUUUGUUAAACCAAUGUGUCAAAACCUAAACCAUUUUGGAGACGUGGUUUAUAUUUAUUUUCUUAAUUGUAUAUGUUUUGUAUUUAGAAAUGUAAACUAUUAAUCUUGACAAAUUGCCCCUUCCCUCAGUGGAUAUUCUUUUAUUUCAGAAAUAAAUUUUGAUUUUAUAGAGUGA